AUGGUGGUUCCUUUAUUUUAUUUACUAAUUCGAAUUGAAAUACGGAUUUCUAGAAAAUUUUUAUUUAUUUUGUUACGUAUUUCUUUAAUGACUAUAUUUAUGGCUGGGACUUGUGCUAAUUUUGAGUUUGAUUUAAAAAAAAUUAUUGCAUUAUCUACUUUAAGACAAUUAGGUAUAAUAAUUGUUAUUUUGUGUUUAGGUGGAAGAGACUUAGCUUUUUUUAAUUUAAUUAUACAUGCUUUAUUUAAAGCAUUGCUUUUUAUAUAUGCUGGGAUAAUCAUUCAUAAUAUAGGUAAUUGUCAAGAUAUUCGUUUUAUAAGAGGUCUUACUUUAAGAAUGCCUUUUACUUGUAUUUGUAUAAAUAUUAGUAAUUUUGCUUUGUGUGGUAUUCCUGUUAUAUCUGGAUUUUAUUCUAAGGAUUUAAUUGUUGAGAUUUUUUCAUUACAAAUUAACAAUAUUAUUGUAUACACUUUAUUUUAUUUAUCUAUUGGAAUAACAGUAUCUUAUUCUUUACGUCUUUCAUAUUAUAUUUUUUUGGUACUAAUAAUUUAACAAAUUUAAAUCAAAUUGAAGAAAAGGGUAAUUUUUUAAUAAUGAAGGGUAUAAUAGGCUUAGUUUCUUUUGUUAUUUUUAUAGGAAGAUUAAUAACUAAUAUUACUCCUUAUUUUAUCUUAUUACCUAUUUUUAUAAAAU